AUGGAUCUUAAUAAAACGAAAGAAACUUACGGGCAGUCGGAACUCGGAACUGACAGUCCCGGCACGGGAGAGGUGGUCGAGCAGGCCGAUCCCGGGUCGUCAUCCAGAGACUGCGAGGCGUUUGUGGUGGGUGACCAGGCCACAGCGUCUACUAGUGUUACUGGAAGAGAAGAAAAAAUGAUGAGUGAGAUGCUCGUUAUCGACGCAGAAAAAGAGAUUUUCGCAAGGAAACCCAGAGUAGUAAGGUCUCCGGCUAAGGAGGUAACAAGAGAAACUACAGAAGAAUCCGUUCUUUUAACACCUACAAGGGUUAGGGCCGCAACAUGGGGAUGUAGUGUGAGAGGAACCGUCGCCCAGAUGGAAGGCGAAUAUGCCAAGAAAAGGAAAUAUGUGGAGGAUAGCCCGCCAAAGACGCAAGUUACGAGCAUAACCGAGGUAGAACAUAAACUUAUCUUGAAACUGAGGUCUAAGACAGAUGACCUUAAUAAAUUUGUCAAGGAGAACAAAAACGUACAUAAGGAGAUUAAAGCAUGGGCGACAGAAAUAAAUAGUAUAGUUAAUAGGGUGACUAAUGAGUAUAAGAAUGAAAAGGAAAUAAUAUCAGAAAGACGGCAGAAAGCAGAGGAACGCAUAAAGAACCAAGAAGAAAUAAUAAGGACACUUAAACAUGAUAUUAUCUAUAUGAAAGAAGAGCAAAUCCGGCAUCUGGAACAAAUAAAAAAGUUAGAGAAAGAGCUCGCCAGACAAGUGAGUAAAGAGGGACAGAAUGGAGGAACAAUAGAACCACAGUUCGAUUUAAACGAAAUAGAAAUAUCUAUGUAUGAAGAGUUCGUUAAUGUACAGGACAAAAAUUGGACCCCAUCUAGUUUUGUAUGUACAGAAAUUAAGACUGAAGACCCGGCAAAGUGUAAUGAUGGAAAUAUGAUCCUUUUCAUGGACAUAGAACCUAAACGAAGGACAAGAAUAAGUAAAAUGUUUCUGAACAGAUAUCCAGAACUUUUACAUGGAGAAAAAAUCGAAUGUCAAGGAGGAAGUUAUGUCGCAAUUGAACAGACUGUAUCUUACCUAAUACAAAAAACACAAAAGAAGAUGACAAGAAGACUAACGACUGCAUAUUAUGACCCAACCAAGCAAGACGGUAGGACGGAACAAGAUGUUUUCCAUAUACUAAAGGAAAUGACAAAAAUAAUAAACAUGGCGGAGGAGAAGAUGGCGACGAUAGUCUGCCCGGUAGGUAUACUCGGUGAGAAAUUUAGAAAAAUGGUAGAAGUGAAUUAUCACAAUAUGGGAUACAAAAUCAAUAUAAUAUUGAGUAGACGAAAUGAUAAAGAAGAAGAGAGACAAAGGAAAAAAAGAGGAGAAGCAAUCCUCAUACGAAAAGAUGACUCCGUGUCAUAUGCUGAUACAGUAAGGAAACUAAAAGAAGGGCUGAAAGAGGAACAGCUAGUUAAGGAAAAUAUAAAAGGAGUACGGAAAACAAAAAACGGGGAACUUCUUAUCAAGAUAGCAAAAGAGGACACAAAGACAAAUGACAAGAUUAAAGAGAUAUUCGAAGGACGGAAAGCAAUCUCGUUAGGAGGAGUCAGAAUAAAAGUACUCCAUGUAAGAGACCUAGACAUUACAACAGAGACGGGGGAGAUAGAGGAAGCAUUGAAAGACGCAGGAUGUAUUAGUAUACCCGAAAAAUUUAUUGUCAAAUCAGUUCGACCGACUAAAAAUGAGAAUAAAAUUGCAACGUUAUUAGUAGCAGAAGAAGACGCCAACAGACUAUUAAAAAUGGGCAAAGUCAAGAUAGGCUUUGAGAUCUGUCGAAUAGAAGAAAGAAUAACACUGAGAAGAUGCUACAAGUGUUGGCAAUACGACCAUCAAGCCAAGGAAUGCACGGGUGAAGACAGAAAGGACAUAUGCCAGCGGUGCACGAAAGAGGGGCACAAAGCCAGAGACUGCCAAGAGAUACCUCAUUGCCCAUUGUGCAACGAACAAGGACAUCAGGCUGGAAGCGCACACGAUGUUGCCUAUGCUACGGUCAAAAGAGACAGCUACGACUUUAUGAUUGUCUCCGAACCCAAUAUAUCUAUGUGCAGCAGGAAAAGUAAUAUCUAUAUGAAUAGAGAAAAAACCACGGCCAUAAUCAAGACUAGCUUAAAUCAGCAAGUCACCAAUAUCCAGAUGGGGAACUGUUACGUAUGUGUAGAAACCAGAGAGUAUGUGAUGUUUAGUGUAUACAUAAGUCCUAAUAGCUCUUUUGAAACCUUUCUGAAAAAUUUGAAAGAAUUACAAAAUGCGGUGUUGGUAACGAAGAAGUUAGAUAAGAAACUGAUAGUGGCCGGAGACUUCAAUGCUAAACAUAUGUACUGGGGAGGUAAAGUAACAGAUCGCAGGGGAGAAACAGUAUUGGAAUGGACAUUUGCUCUGGACUUGAAUAUACUCAAUGAUGGAAAAGAACCAACACUCAUAAGACCUAAUGGAAUUUCAUAUGUAGACCUGACUAUAGUCGAUAACAAUAUAAUGGAUAAGAACCCGAGAUGGUGUGUGUUGAAAAAUGAAUUGUCACUGAGCGAUCAUCAAGCCAUAAAACUAGAUAUUACGACAACGCAAACACGAAUAAAUACAUAUAGAUACGGCAAUACUAACUUAGAAAAGAUGGAGAGAAUAUUUCGAGAUAAUAUAUCAAACCACGCGGAAUUGGGAACAUGUAGGGAAGAACUGAUUAAAGCUUACGAACAGAGCACUCCUCGCGUUAGAGUAGACAAAGGAGGUGGCAUGCCGUACUGGUGGACUGACUCCAUACAAAGAUUGAUUUCUGAAGUGCACAAGAAAAGGAAAGAAUUCCAAAAGGAGACAAGAUCUGAAGAACAACGAACAAUAAAGAAAAACACGUAUAAAAUCGCAAAGAGGAAACUGUGCAAAGAAAUAGCUGUUGAAAAGAAAAAGGGAUGGAAAGAACUCUGCGAUCGGCUAGAUGAAGAUGUAUACGGAGAUGGCUACAAAAUAGUGAUGGCACAAUUACGAUAUACGGCACCAAAAAUUGCACUAACUCCCAAAGAACGCGUCACUCAGUUUAACAAACUCUUUGUGACCGAUAUCGACACAUUCCCGAAACAACAAAAAGAAAUUGAAGAAAAUAAACAAUUAAUAACGGCGGAAGAACUACAAGCGGCAACGAGGAAAAUCAAAUCAAGAAAAGCACCCGGACCAGAUGGACUUCCACCAGAGGUGAUCAAACAUAUGGUUAACGCGAACUCAGAAUAUUUUCUUCGAAUCUUCAACCAAAUGCUGAACGACAAUAUCUUUCCGGAUAUCUGGAAAAUUACGAAGUUGAUACUGCUAGAAAAGCCGAAAAAGAAUCCUCAGGACCAAACCAAGUACAGGCCUAUUUGCUUGAUAGACGCAUUAGCGAAGGUUUAUGAAAAUAUAAUAAAUACGCGACUAAUAACGGAGAUACAAAGCUUAGGAGGAUUCAGUGAAUAUCAAUUUGGGUUUCGACAAGGUAGGACGACAGUAGAUGCCAUAACUAAGGUGGUACAAACAGCCAGAGAAGCCAAAAAUAAAAACAUGUGGUGUGCCCUUAUAACAAUCGAUAUCAAAAAUGCAUUUAAUCAGGCCUCUUGGGAGAAGAUAAUAACAAAAUUAAAGAACCGCGGGGUGAGCGAGUACUUGAUCAACACGAUAGCGUCGUAUUUAUCCGAAAGGAAAAUUCAAAUUUCCCCAAAACAAAAAGAACACAUAGGGGGCGGCGUUCCACAGGGUUCGGUUCUCGGACCGACCUUGUGGAACGUCUUGUACGACGACAUAUUCGAAUGCACAACGGUAGAAGGAACGAGUAUGCUAGGGUAUGCUGAUGAUUUAGCCGCUCUGGUUACUGCAACCACAAAAGAAAACUUAAUGAUCAAAGGAGAUGAAGUGUUGCAUUCAAUUAGACUGUGGCUACAGACGAAUAAACUUGAAGUAGCGAAGGAUAAGGUUAUGGCAAUAGUCCUGAACAAUAGAAAUGACAAAGACAUAUAUUUUGAGUUAGACGAUACGACAAUUACAACUGUUAAAAAAGUGACAUAUUUGGGCAUAAUAUUAGACAGAGGUCUUACCUUUGGUCCACAUCUCAGGCAUGUUUGUGGCAAAGCGAGUAGGACGGCAAACGCAGUCUCUGCCAUACUUCCUAAUAUUCGAGGUCCCAGGGGUUCGAAACGAAGGGUACUGGCUCUCUCGAUGCAAUCAGUCCUGCUGUAUGGUGCACCUAUAUGGGCAGAAGUAACAAAUAAAGUAGUACAUAGGAAUAUCAUAUUAAGAGCACAAAGAAUAAUGGCACUCAGAGUAGCAUCGGCAUACAGGACGGUCUCAACAGACGCCGCUAUGGUGAUCUCGAGCCUGGUACCCGUACACCUUCUCGCACAAGAACGUAAGAGGAUUUAUGAAAGGAAACAAAAAGGGGAGGAAAUAAACAGGCAAGAGGAGAGAGAUAGGACAAUCGGUAUGUGGCAAGCAGAGUGGGAUGCAUCAGGGGCAGGCAGGUGGACUUACAAGCUAAUUCCAAACAUAUGCAAUUGGGUGAAAAGAAAACACGGCGAAAUUACCUUUUAUCUAACCCAGAUAUUAACAGGCCACGGCGUGUUUGCAACAUACAGGAAAAGGAUCAGUAAACAAGAUAACAGCAGAUGCGUGUAUUGCGAGGAGGAAGAAGAUAACCCGAAACACACAAUAGUACACUGCAGAAGAUGGCAACAACAGCGAGAGGAGCUUAUAAGAUGGGUAGAAGGUGAUUUAGGGUUGGAGAAAGUGAUCGAAGCCAUGCUGAGAGAUGAGAACACUUGGAAAAAUAUUAACAACAUAAUAGUGACAAUAAUGCGGCAAAAGGAAGAAGACGAAGUUAGGAAAGAAAAAGAAGUAGGAUGA